GACCGGCCGCGGCGCGGCGCGCGGCCCAGAAAUAGCAGCGGCGGCGGUUCCGCCCGCGGGCUGGCGCGGGGGCCGAGCCGCGGGACGCAGGCUGGGCGGGCGCAGCGGCCCCGGCCCCGGACGAUGCUGCUGAGCCCCCGGCCGACGCGGCCCCGAGCACAUGAUGGCGAUACGCGAGCUCAAAGUGUGCCUUCUCGGGGACACUGGGGUUGGGAAAUCGAGCAUCGUGUGUCGCUUUGUGCAGGAUCACUUUGACCACAACAUCAGCCCUACCAUCGGGGCGUCUUUUAUGACCAAAACUGUGCCUUGUGGAAAUGAACUUCACAAAUUCCUCAUCUGGGACACGGCUGGUCAGGAGCGGUUCCACUCCUUGGCCCCCAUGUACUACCGGGGAUCUGCCGCAGCUGUCAUCGUGUAUGACAUCACCAAGCAGGAUUCCUUUCAUACCUUGAAGAAAUGGGUGAAGGAACUGAAAGAACAUGGUCCUGAAAAUAUUGUGAUGGCCAUUGCUGGAAACAAAUGUGAUCUGUCAGAUAUCAGGGAGGUUCCUCUGAAGGAUGCAAAGGAAUAUGCUGAGUCCAUAGGUGCCAUCGUGGUUGAAACAAGUGCGAAGAACGCUAUCAACAUCGAAGAGCUCUUUCAAGGAAUCAGCCGCCAGAUCCCACCCUUGGACCCCCACGAGAAUGGAACCGGCGGGGCCAUCAAGCUCGGGAAGCAUACUUCGCAGCCCGGCCGCAGGUGCUGCUGAGCCGGGCCACCCAGGAGAGAAAGAAGCUGGAGCCUGCGUCCCAUGCACUGCCAAGGCCCCACCCUUAGUCCUAGAGAGGAACGAGCAAUGGCCUUGCACCCUGGAAGACCUGUGGGAAGCUGGGGGCAAGAACUGGCCCUUAGACAGGACUGUAGACAGCUCCGGAGAAACCCACCACACCGCCACGUGAAACGCACAGGGAAGGGGCUAUACUUAUAGAUGAUAAAUGUAGUUGCAGUUUCUGUUAGACACCCUUGAACGGUCUUGGCUUUUCACCCAAGUCUUACUGCCUUAAUGGGGGGGAGGGACUCUCAGGGGUCCUUCUCCUCUGACUUUCUGGGUUCCCCGUCAAGUUUCAGUGACUUCUUCCGUGCCAUUACCUUUCCCGAAAGAUAAAUUGCAAUUUGGAAGGCUGGUUUUCAGCUGGCUCUGGAAAGUAAGCUUUCAUUGAUUACCUUUCCGAUGGAAAUCAGAGCAGCAUCGGGCCAUCCCUCAAGCUGAGCUAUGCAGGAGACAGGAGUGCCUUAGAAACCACGUCGCUGUCUCUCAGAGUCAGGGACACUCUUCCGCGUGUUGGCCACAGACAGACACACAAACCAGAGCCGACCGCCACAUUACUGCUCAGCGUGGGGUUGGGUGGAAAGCGUCAGUCAGAAAUUACCCAUGUCCACGGUAGUAGGUGGGGGGUGUUAAGUGUCAUUUAGGGGACCACCUGGCAUGUGUCACCGCCGCAGUCCUGAACCCUCACUCUCAGAGAAGUUGAGUGCAGGGUGUCCUUUUACUAAGAGAAUUCUGUCUUGGGGGGGAAAUUAACUGGAGGAUGUUUGAGUGUAAAUCGUAGGGCAGACUUCCGACGAUAGCAAUUAAUCACAGGUGACAGCAAAGCCAGCCGGAGAAAGGACAAGCACCUCCAAAAUUCUAGACCUAAAAAGCUGCAGAAUUGGAGAGACCAUUUUAAAUGCCACCGGGCUCGGGGAACAGGGCAUGGGGGCCAGCCAGGGGUCAGUGCUGGACUGCAGGUGAGCUGAGACCAGGCCGCCAGCGACACCUUGCUCUGCGAGUCCCUGCUGCUCAGGUAUUGAAAGGGGACCAAAUCCAGAGGAAGUAGAGGGACAGAGGCAUGGGAUGGAGGGGAAGCUGUUUCCACUGAAAAUUCAGACCCUGGUCCCGGUCUAACUUCCUACAAACUUGGGGUCAAGAAGUGUUGAUUUCCUAACAGGGCUUAUAUCAAGAGGUGAUUGUUACAGGAUGUGGGGAUCAGUGCCUUUUGAGGGUCUGGGAAAACUGAGUACAGUUGCAGAGGUGUGCAGUGUGCAAACCAGGGCCAACCACUGCCUUCUGUGUCAGGAGCACUGGGGGGCCAGUGCCACUUUAUCAAACAACCCACAGUGUAAGACCAUGAGCUGAUUGAAGACCUUGAACUUGGAGUGACGCAGGAGGAUCCAGUGCUGUGGAGUCCCAUCACAGCCAUGCCCAUCAAGCCCUUGACAUGUGGGAGGUCCUGACUCAUGUAGUCAAGGAAAGAGGGCCACGUUCAUAUCACAGACUUGCACGUUUCAACUUGAGAAUGUGCUGUGAAUGUCACGUUCUUAUGGCUUCACCCAACUCAACGAAGCUCGAUUGACCAUCUCAGGGUGUGAAGGCUGGAAGAGACUUUAUUUGGAGUCCAAGAGUGCCACUUGGCCGUCCCAGCCGGGUACCUCCAGAACUGUUAGCACAUGGCACCUGGAUGUCUUAGUCUGGCUUUCGCAUGGGUUGUUAGAGCUGUCUUCCCCAUUGCCAACUUGACCAACACAGUUCUGCUUGCAGGCCAACAGAGGACCAUACCUCUUGCCCAAGGCAAAAAAACAAAAAAACUCUGUUGAGUUGAAAAUUGAAAGGACAGCUCUGCAGGUGACUUGUAGGCUUCCUCCUAAACCCUUCCUCUUCCUGCUUUCCCUGGGAACAAGGGUUUCUGCAGACACCUGCUCCGUCGGCCCGUAGCUAGGUUGAUAGGCACAGUGUCAGGGAGCUCGCAGUGGUUGUAUUUCACACGAGACGUUCCGUCUUAUCCACGUGCAGCAAGCAAGCUACCCGCUGAGGAGCCCGUGGUUUGACUUUGGAAGCUCAUGAGGGAAUGCAACCACUCUCCUACCUGUGUUAUCACCUUCACUGUCAAAGCCAGUAAGAGGUCAAAAUACAUGUGUGUAUCCUCACCACUUGGAGCAUUUGUCCAAAAAGGUAGAUCACGCUUGGGCACAAAAGUAUUCACGGGGGUACCGAGUCUUUUCUGAAGAUCGAUGCUCAGCCCUUGUCCACAAUGAAGCUCCCUACACUUCUUUAGUUUGCCCUGUGCUGACUUUCUGGCUGUUCUAAUGGUUGACCUAUACCACGUAAUGUUCUGUAAAGGCCUGGAAAUCACCACUGCCCCCAAAAAGUCAAGUACUUAUCUGUGAUGUAGCAGCCUUGACGUCACCGUCCAAAAUUCACUCCCUCUCCUCCAUUUACUGUUCUUUCACGUGUGCUAUGCGCGUGCAUAUGUGUAAAUAGAAUUUUAUACCGGUGAUGCCGACACGUAAUCCAUUUCACAGUGGACGAGCCUGACUCCUGGCUGUGUGUUCUGUGAAGUUCUGCGUGUUCUGUGGGGGUUCUCGGCGGGAUAGCUUCCCGGGAGAAAUCCCUAAGAAUGGCAGCGGAGCCGUGGGAACGUUUCACGUAGGUACGUCAUUGACCUGCCAUUUUCUAGGUAAAAAUGGCACAGAAGGGUGCUGAAUAGGACGUCACCUUACAGACUAAGAGGUUGAAGACCGAAAACUAACUUGUAGCCAGAAAUAAGGGCUGUGCCCCUAUGGAAACUGAGGGGGGUUUGGGAGCCCGAAGCUCUUCCCCAGAGACAAAGACUGCGGCGGGUGGCGGCUGACCCCGAGCGCCGUGGCGUGGGCUCCCCUUCUCCCUGCACUGCCGUGCUCAUGGCGAGUCGCGUAAUGAGCUAGCUUACUACUCAAGGGCCCUGAGCUGGCCUCACCGUGAAGUGUCUGAUUUGCUCACUGAAACAUCACUGCUGAAACCAAACCCGCGAGCCGGCAUCAGUGCUCUGUUAUGCACACUGCUCCCUUUCCUCGUGUUUCAUGCAGCGCUGCCCUCUGGGCUGGACCCAGGUCUUGCAUCUAGAAGACAUCUAGGGCCUUUGCACCUGAUAUCCUGUAUCGUUUCCCUCAACUAUGCCCAAUUGUAUCUGUUAUUUUUGAUUUAACACACACUGAUUCAUACUAAUAAAUAUUUAAAGUUUUA